UGUGUGUGUGAGGUCAUGAUAGAGAACAUGGAAUGUAAGUUAUGCCCCACCCAUCUACAUUUAAAGGAGCAGAAAAGUAGGAAGUGGUUCCGCACUCAGUUUAGAGGAAUCUUUUCAGCUGGUUUGAUUUGUGUGUGUGUGUCUGUCUUUGUGUGUGAGAGAGAGAGGGGUGAGCAGAAUGGCAGAGGACAGCAGCAUUUCAGUGGACCACCUCCAGUUCAGCUGCUCCAUCUGCUUAGAUCUACUGAAGGAUCCAGUGACCACUCCUUGUGGACAUAGUUUUUGUAUGGUUUGUAUUAAUGAUUUUUGGGACCAUGGCACUGAGAGGAGAGUCUACAGCUGCCCCCAGUGCAGAGAGACCUUCGUGCCCAGACCUCAUCUACGAAGAAACAACGUCAUGGCUGAAGUGGUGGACAAACUGAAAAGGAAGGAACAGAAAAUUGCUUCUCCUGUUUUGAACAGCUCAGAGUCUGAAGAUGUUGAGUGUGAUAUCUGCUUCCAAAGCAAAGACAAAGCCACCAAGUCCUGCCUGGUGUGCCUGGCCUCUUUUUGUGAGACUCAUCUCAAACCUCACUACGAAUCUCCUACCUUUAAGAGGCAUAAGCUAGUCCAGGCCUGCAAAAACUUACAAGAUAAAAUCUGCCCUCAUCAUGACAAGCUGGAAGAGAUCUACUGCCGAACAGACCAGAAGUUUAUUUGCUCCUUAUGUGUGUUGACUGGACACAGAGGACAUGAUACAGCAUCCAUUGCAGCACAGAGAGCUGAAAAACAGAGCCAGAUGAAGGAAAUGCAGCGGAAAUCUAUGCAGAGAAUCCAGGAGAAAGAGAAGAAAGUGCAAGACCUCAAACAGGCUGUGGACACUCUUAAGUGCACUUCCCAGGUGGCAGUGGAGGAAUGUGAGAGGAUCUUUACUGAUCUCCUCCUUUCCGUUGAGCAGAAGUGCUCUGAGGUGAUAGAGCUAAUAAGGACUCAGGAGAAAACUGAGCUGGAUCAAGCUGAAGGCCUGCUGGAGCAGCUGGAGCAGGAAAUUGCUGACCUUAAGAGAAAACACAGUGAUCUGGAACAGCUUUCAUACACAGAGGAUCAUAUCAGUUUCCUCCAGAGCUUCCAGUCUCUCUACACUGCUUUUAAAGCCAAAGACACUAACAGGAUGACCAUCAAUCAGAACAUUUCAUUUGAAGGGGUGAGAAAAUCUCUCUCAGAGAUGAAAGAGCGAUUAGAUGAGUUCUGCAAAAAGGAAUUCAACAGAAUCAGUCCAUGUGUUGCCAAAGUCCAGAUGGUUUUACCUUUUGAGCCAAAGACCAGAGAUGAAUUUCUACAAUAUUUUUGUCAUUUGAGCCUAGAUCCCAACACAGCAAAUGAAGCCCUGUGCUUGUCUGAGAACAACAGGAAGGUGACCCGCAGCGGAGGACUAACACAAUAUCCUUAUCAUCCGGAGAGAUUUGAUGCUUAUGGACAGGUGCUCUGUAAAGAGAGUGUGUCUGGACGCUCUUACUGGGAGGUGGAGUGGAGUAGAGGUGGAUGGGUGUACAUAUCAGUCACAUAUAGAGGGAUCAGCAGGAAGGGACGAGGUGUUGAGUGUUGGUUUGGACACAACAAUCAAUCCUGGAGUCUGGAGUGCAGUUCCACUUUGUCUAUCUGGCAUAACAAUAUUCAGACUAAGAUACCAUGUCUAUUGUCCUUCAGAAUAGGGGUGUUUGUCGACCAGCACGCUGGAACUCUGUCCUUCUACAGCGUCUCUGACACAAUGACUCUUUUACAUAGAGUUCAGACCACAUUCACUGAGCCCCUUUACCCUGGGUUCUGGGUCAAUGCGCUUGCAUCUGCUAAGUUGUGCUACUCUUUGGAGUGACACACACCACAUUGCGUACUUUAAUGUUCUUAUAAUUGAAUAUUAUGGAACACAAUAAUACAUAAGCAACUGGAAAGUAAAAUGCUGCAUAUCAUUGCCAAUGAUAGCAGUGUAAUGUGUAUACAGUUCUCUUUGCAUGUAAGUUAUCAAUAUUUUUACGAGAAUAAUGGCUUUGAUUGUAUUUAUUUUCUCACAUAAUGCUUAUGUAAAACUUAGUAUGGUUAUUGUAUGUAAAAAUGUAAGAAUGCACUUCUCCAAAGUCCACUGGUAAUCUUUAAUAUAGCAGUGUGAUCAUGAAUCAUAAAGGAACAAUCAGUAUUAAAUGAGAUCGAGGUUAUAAAAUGGCUACAGCAGUUCAAUUUCAAAACACUGGAGAGAGUUGUCUGCAUCACCCGUCUCUCCCCAGACAUGGAGUGGCAAGCUACUAAGUCAUGCUCUGUAAGCUGAUCAGCUGAUCAACGUUUGCAACAGACAGCCAGUCUGCACAUCUGUUGUGACUAAUAGCAGUCCACAAGCUUCAUUGAUAACCCAGACGCAAAGCUCACUUGUUCUUUCAGAUUCUUAUUAUCUCACUCCUUUUCUGGUCUUAGGGCUUUUUAUACAGUUUGCUUGCUAGCUUACAUGGCUGCAGAAAACUGUUUGCCUGCUUCUGUGUUCUAUACCUGGCAACCCAAGGUGUAGAAAUGGAACUAGGGGAAUGGCUUUAGGCAGGUUUGGGAGCUAUAAGCCACACAGUUCAAAAUAAGGACAUGCUGCUUUAAGCUCUGCUGACAAGAUAGGCCAAUGCGCAAAUUUAGCAUGUUUUCUUAAUAUAUGAUGAUACACCCUGAACAUGGUAUGACUCAUACCAUGAUCAGGGUGUAUUAUCAUCAAAACCGUAUGAGUUCCUACAGAAAAUAAUAUCAUCCCUAUUGGUAUAACUGUGGUGCCAAUUUCCUGUGUUGUACUUCUACUUCCUAUAGCAUUUGUGGUGCCAACCAUUGUGUAAUAUUGCUGUACAGAGCUUUUCUUACACAUUUCUUAAAAUAUAUUCCAUACAAUUACUGACACAAACCAAAGUCCUGAUUAAUCAAGCAAAACUAAUAUUUUUAAUUAAAUGUUCAGAGAAUAUUUACCUACUUACAUAAGCUUGUAUGUAAUUUGUGUUUAGUCUUCUGUGUGAUACUACGGUACUUCAGCCUUGCACACAUUUAAUGACACCACAUUUGACAUAUAGACAUAUAUUAGAUAAAGCAGAAAAAAGAUCAAGUAAACUGGCUGUUAUGGUGCAAUAAUAAAAAAUAAAAAAAACGCAUGAAACUGGGACCCACAGAGAUAUGGAGAUAGAUGGUGACUGGCACAUGGAGUACACCUGAACAACCUGGAAGCCAUCACUGGAUCACCCACCAGAUCUCACGCUGGCAUUUUUGGAAGUAAUUCCUGAUAAUGUGCAGGGAAGGUCCAACAUUAUUAGGAAUAUUACUUACAGCAGCCUUGAAGUGUGUUACAAUAAAAUAGAUCUCAACGCCUCCCCAAAUAAACGUUCAAAUAACAUAUACAUUAAUGCUUUAACAGUUAAUUUAGAUCCUGUUCUGGAUUGGUUAGUACAGUAAGGAAUGUUAUUCAUGAAGCCAAAGUUGUCUUAUUUGCCUUUCCUUUUGGAUGUCCUUUUCCAUGUGGCUCUGAAAGAGUGAAAAAUGCAAAAUACUGGAAAAAGAAAAAGUAUAUCUGUAUGAAACUAUACUGUUAUGUGGUUUUAAACAAAAGAACAAAAUAAAAUUUGAAACAAGGUGUUAAAAAUGAUACCUUUUUAUUUACACACACAAGACUUUGAAGGGCUCAUACU